AUGGAAGGCAGCGUGAAAAGGUAUAUACGUAGCGAAUCAGCCAGUUGUGCUCACAUGGUUGAAGAAAGCACGGCGAACAAUAGAAAGAGUACGGAUCCUCAUGAAAAGUUGAAGGCUUUACUGAACUCGCCCGAAGAGGAUGCCGACGACACGCUUCCACCUUCGGACGCUCCAAAAUUUGGGACGGUUAUUCACAAUAGAAUUUUCGUCGGCGGUUUCUCAUUGACUACAACUGACGAGGACCUUUGGAAGUUUUUCUCCGGUUUCGCGACUGUAACCGCGGCGAGGGUGAUUUAUGACAGAGCUGGUGUUUCCAAAUGCUAUGGGUUCGUGACAUUCGCAAGUCCGAGGGUGGCGAGAUUAAUUGUUAAGCAGUGA